AUGAGAAUUAUAUAUGAAUUUAAAAAACAACAUUACGAAUUAUUAUUGAGCGAAGAAAAUGUUGAUGAUAAAAUAAUUGAAGCUUUCAAAAAAAACACAAAUAAAUGCUAUCAUAACAAAAUAGAAUAUUAUGAUGAAAUAAAUUCAGAUUUAUUAAAUUUUGAACAAUUUAACUGGCUUAAUAUAAAAGAUAAUAAAAAAAAAAAAGGGAAAAGAGUAAAACUAAAUUAUGAAUUAGAUGAUACACUGAAUGAUAAAAAUUAUAUUCUAUUACAAUCGAAAUAUAAGAGAUAUUUUGAAAGCAAUAAUUAUAUUGUUAAAAAUGGUUAUAUAUACGGAGCUGAUUUAUUAUUAUAUUUAACUAAUGAAAAAUACACACAUUCAAUUUAUGUUGUUUAUUUUAUAAAUGAACAAAAAGUAUUAAGAGAUUUAAUUCAAAUAUUAAGAUUAUCAUGUACUAUAAAAAAAAAGGUCAUUUUAGUUAUUAAAAAUGAAAACGAUUUUGACAUUGAUAAUUCUAUUGUUUAUAUAAAAUUAUACUGCUAUAAAUAA